CACAAACCAGGGAUUCUGUAUCAGGAGGCGGUGGCGAGGGGGUGGUGAGGAGAGGAAGCCCACAGGGCUCCUGAGGGGACGGCGUAGGGCAACCAGGGCCGCUUAAGGCUGGACCGACUGGGCCGCAGGGACAGCGAGGGAGCAGCCUGCCUCUGCCAACUCUCAUCGGAGGGCCGUUGGGGUCCCCCCUCGCCAAAGAAAGAAGCCGCUUGGCCUGCAUCAUGGUGGAAAGCCGGAGGAUCCCAGGAGUUGACCUGGGAGCCCCCUCCGAGCCUCAGGUGGUCCGGAUCCUGGUGAAGAGCCCCUGGCAGAAAGAAGAGUUUCUGCUUCACAAGGACACCUCAGUCCGAGAGCUCAAGGAACACGUCGCCCGCCAUUUCUCCUCCUCCUCCUCCUCCUCCUCUUCUCCAGACCAAGUGGAGCUGGUGUAUGCUGGAAGGAUCUUGAAGGACCGCCGGACCCUCAGCCAGCACGGGCUCCAUCUGGACAGGGACGCCACCGUCCACGUGGUCAUCCGGCCUCCACGGGACGCUCGGCCCCAGCAGGCCUCUGCCGCUCCUGCCGGCUCGGAACAGACGUUUCCCCGGGACGGCACUUUUGCCCGUGACCGGCUCCGGGAGCUGACGGCCAGCCUGGGCCUCAACACGACCAACUUUGGGGAGUUCCAGAGCCAGCUCAUGUCCAACCCGGAGGUGAUGCUCCAGCUGCUGGAGGACCCUUUCAUUCAGAGCAAGCUCUCACGCCCUGGCCUGAUGAAGGAGCUGGUCACCGACAACCCCCAGGUGCGCCAGGUGAUGCAGAGGGCCCCCGAGAUCAGCCAUUUCUUCAGCUCUCCCGAAGGUGUGAAGCUGGUGGUCGAGCUCGCCAAGAACCCGGCGGCGGUGCGAGAAAUCAUCCGAUGCCCACCCCAGGCCCUCAGAUGCCCGGGAAGGGCGCCCAGCGGGGACAACAAUGGGGCCCUGCCCGAUUCUCUCACAGGGAUGCCUGGGCUGGGGGAGAAAGCCGUUGCCAAACGGACGAGGACCCCGCUGUGGUCCAGUUCCUCAGGUGGCCCCCAGGCCCCCUUGGACGGUGAUGAGAAGCCCGGCUGGGUCAGAGAGCGCCUGCCUUCUCCCAGAGGCUGGUCUCCAAAGCCUGGGCCCCAGAACCCGGCUGCCGGUGGCCACGAGCCCAGCAAGGAAGGAAGCCAGGCGGCCUUCCGAGGAGAGGCCGGGCAGCUGGCCUCCGCAGCCGUCAAGAGCCUCCUCCACCAGAUCAUCAAGCACCUGGUGCAGAACAUGGCCGGCAGCCCGUCCCGGAACUCCUCUGGGCAGCGACCCAGCCCUGCCCCAGAGACGGGGGUCCCAGUGACUACCUGGAGGAGCCUGACUGGGCCCAGGACCUCCCGAGAGCACGCGGUGGCCCUUCCCGUCCUGGCCCUCCUGCAGCAGUUCCAAAGCGCGGACCUCCUCCUGGCCAGCUGGAGCCCCAAAGAGAUCCAGGGGCUGCUGGAGAUCCAGUACCGGCUGCAGGCCCUGGCAGCCGACGCACCGUCGGCAGAGAGGCGAGGCCGAUCCGAGCGGCCCGCCCGGAGAGCCCACUCCAUCACCUCUCUCUGCGACCCUGUCCCCCCAGCCCCGGGCGGAGGGCCCCAGGAGGGUUCUGCCCCACAGGUCUUGCAGACCUUGCAGACCUUGAUCAGCCCCAGCUUCUUGGCCGGGGCCAAAUCCGCCAACCGUCCCCGUGGCUCUUCCGCACAGCCGUCAGCGGAGCAGAAGCGGAUGUAUAAGCUGUGAACUGCAGGCGUCUGACCAGGGUGCCCCUGCUGGGAGGGCGGCUCUUUUGCUGCCGCUGCUGCUGCCACUACGGCUGCGGGGUGGACGUGGGAGCAGGCGGACGGAGUG